CGGCGCCGCCGGCGCAGAACGGGCGGAGCGGAGCCCUCGGAACGGGAACCCCCCGAUCCCAGCGGGAACCCCCGAUCCCAGCGCCGGGAUGAGCCACCGCCACGGCCCCCGCCGCGGGCCCCGCGCUGACAUGGUGCCCGAGAUCGCCGCCGCCGUCGGCUUCGUGUCCAGCCUGCUGCGCACGCGGGGCUGCGUCAGCGAGCAGCAGCUCCAGGUCUUCAGCGGGGCGCUGCGGGAGGCGCUCGCAGAGCACUACAAACACCACUGGUUCCCCGAGAAACCCUUCAAAGGCUCCGGGUACCGCUGCAUCCGGAUCAACCACAAAAUGGACCCCAUUAUCAGCAAGGCAGCGAGCCAGAUCGGACUGAGCCUCCCGCAGCUCUACCAGCUCCUGCCCAGCGAGCUGACGCUCUGGGUGGACCCCUACGAGGUGUCCUAUCGCAUCGGCGAGGACGGCUCCAUCUGCGUCUUGUACGAGGCCUCGAAGCCCCCCAGCUCCUACGGGAUGCUCACCUGCAAGAACCAGAUGAUGCUGGGCCGCACCAGUCCUUCCAAAAACUACAUCAUGACUGUCUCCAGCUAAAUACUCCUCUUGUCCUUACACUGCCAAGACACAGGCUACUGUAAUACCUCACCCGAGGAUCUAUUUUUAAGAUGAAGAGCUAUUUAUAUUUUUUAAAAAAAUCCAAGAAAAUCCAAAAUUAAAAUAUCGGGCGCCGCUCUGAACAGAGGCGGGGCUCCAGGUGCCUUUUUUAAA